AUGGAGUGUAUCAAGUUUGAGGUGGCGAACUUCGAGUCAUCAUAUCAUGCCAUCCUCAGCAGGCCUGCCUUGGCCAAGUUUAUGGCUGUGCCCCACUACGUCUACCUGCUUCUCAAGAUGUCAGGCAAGAUAGGGGUGCUCACCUUUCGCGGCGACAUAAAGAAGUUGUACGACUGUGACAAAGAGGCAAUUGAGUAUGCCUCGAUUACUCGUGUGCCAGAACCUUCAGCUGAAGUCUUUGUGGCCGCACAGCAGCUCUCCCAGUCAGAAAUGGCAAUUCCAACUAAGAAGUUGAGCCAGUCCACGGUGAAGCCUAACACCAGCGACAUCAGCAUGAAGACCAUCCAACUGCAGGAGGGCGACUAG